GCCCGCCCUCUCUCCCUCCCUCCUUCCCUCUCAGCCGACGAGGCAGCAAUUACGCUUUGGGGAUAAAACGAGGCGCAGAGAGCGGGCUGGGGCAUUUCUCCCCGAGAUGGCGGGUCUGAGAACUGCAGCCCUGCGGCCCGGAGUCCUCCUGCUCCUGCUGUCCAUCGUCCACCCCUCGCAGCCUGGAGGGGUCCCAGGGGCUGUUCCCGGUGGAGUUCCCGGAGGCGUCUACUACCCAGGGGCUGGUCUUGGAGGUCUGGGAGGAGGAGCUCUGGGGCCAGGAGGCAAACCACCCAAGCCAGGGGCCGGACUCCUGGGGGCGUUUGGACCAGGGCUCGGGGCCUUUCCUGCAGGCACCUACCCGGGGGCUCUGGUGCCCGGCGGAGUGGCAGGAGCUGCCGCGGCCUAUAAAGCAGCUGCCAAGGCUGGCGCUGGGCUUGGCGGCGUCGGUGGCAUCGGCGGGGUCGGCGGCUUAGGAGUGUCUACAGGUGCAGUGGUGCCUCAGCCCGGAGCCGGAGUCGGAGUCGGAGUCGGAGGGAAGCCUGGGAAAGUGCCCGGUGUGGGCCUGCCAGGUGUCUACCCAGGUGGAGUGCUCCCAGGCACAGGAGCUCGGUUCCCGGGUGUGGGGGUGCUCCCCGGGGUUCCCACCGGAACAGGAGUCAAGGCCAAGACCCCAGGCGGAGGCGGAGCUUUUGCUGGAAUCCCAGGAGUUGGACCCUUUGGGGGCCAGCAGCCUGGAGUCCCGCUGGGGUACCCCAUCAAGGCUCCCAAGCUGCCAGGUGGCUACGGACUGCCCUACAGCACUGGGAAACUGCCCUAUGGCUAUGGGCCAGGAGGAGUGGCUGGUGCUGCGGGCAAGGCUGGGUACCCAACAGGGACAGGGGUUGGCCCCCAGGCUGCAGCAGCGGCAGCUAAAGCAGCUAAGUAUGGUGCUGGAGGAGCCGGGGUUCUCCCUGGUGUUGGAGGUGGCGGCAUUCCUGGUGCGGCCGGCGCAAUUCCUGGGAUUGGAGGCAUCGCAGGGGCAGGGACUCCUGCUGCUGCUGCUGCUGCUAAAGCCGCCGCUAAGGCAGCUAAAUUCGGAGCUGCCGGAGGUGUGGUGCCUGGUGGGCCAGGCUUUGUCCCGGGAGUUGGAGUCCCAGGUGUUGGGGUCCCAGGUGUUGGCGUUCCAGGUGUUGGGGUCCCAGGUGUUGGCGUUCCAGGUGUUGGAGUUCCAGGUGUUGGGGUCCCAGGUGUUGGAGUCCCAGGUGUUGGAGUCCCAGGAGCUGUGUCACCAGCUGCAGCCGCUAAAGCAGCCGCCAAAGCAGCCAAAUACGGGGCCAGAGCGGGAGUGGGAGUUGGAGGCAUUCCCACUUUCGGGAUCGGCGCCGGGGGCUUUCCUGGUUACGGUGUCGGAGCUGGAGUGGGCGCUGUCCCUGGAGCUGUCCCUGGAGCUGACCUUUCCGCAGCCGCUGCCCAGGCAGCAGCCGCAGCUCAGGCAGCAGCAGCCGCCAAGGCAGCCAAGUACGGUGCUGGAGGGGUCGGAGGCUUGGGCGGGCUGGUGCCAGGCAUCGGAGACGGAGUAGCAGGCGUGCCAGGCGUAGGAGGGGUGCCAGGAGUGGGGACCCCGGCCGCCGCAGCCGCCAAAGCCGCUGCCAAAGCCGCCCAGUUUGGUUUAGGCCCUGGAAUCGGCGUGGCUCCCGGCGUGGCUCCCGGCAUUGGCCCCGGCAUUGGCAUUGGCCCUGGUGGUGUUACAGGAGUGGGGACCCCAGCUGCAGCCAAAGCCGCUGCUAAAGCGGCCGCCAAAGCCCAGUACCGGGCUGCAGCUGGGCUUCCUGCUGGUGUUCCUGGCUUUGGAGUUGGUGCCGGCGUUCCUGGCUUUGGAGUUGGUGCUGGCGUUCCUGGCUUUGGAGUUGGCGUUGGCGUUCCUGGCUUUGGGGCAGUGCCUGGAUCCCUGGCUGCCGCUAAAGCAGCCAAAUAUGGAGCUGCAGGGGUGGGGGCUCUUGGCGGAGUAGGUGUCCCAGGCGGUGUGGUAGGAGCCGGACCUGCUGCCUCAGCUGCUGCUGCCAAAGCAGCUGCCAAAGCUGCCCAGUUUGGCCUCGGGGGAGCCGGAGCCCUGGGAGUUGGGGGGCUCGGAGCUGGCGGAGCCAUCCCAGGGGUUGGGGGCUUUGGAGGUGUGUCCCCAGCUGCAGCUGCUAAAGCGGCCAAAUAUGGAGUUGCGGCAAGACCGGGCUUUGGACUGUCUCCCAUUUACCCAGGUGGGGCCUGCCUGGGGAAAUCCUGUGGCCGGAAGAGAAAGUGAGCUUCCCAGGACCGCUGACUCGCGACCUCAUCAACGUUGGUGCUACUGCUUGGUGGAGAAUGUAAACCCCUUGU